CGUCUCACAGACAUUGGCUCUCUAGACAUUGCUAUUCUUAAAGUUAUUGCUAUCGUCAACACCACUAGCUAAUAAGGAUAUUGCAAGCCCUAAUCCUAUACCUAUACACCUACCAGCUUAUAAAUUCACUAUGGCGGAACCUCUCACCAGAGUAGACUCGGCCGUCCAGGGUCUCUCCGAGUCACCUCCGAAGGAGAAGAUUUCCCAUCGUAGAACCAGCUCAAGUGCGGCUGGAAUACAGAGCAUGAAAGAGUUGAAUGAAAACCAAAUAGAGAUCGAUGUGGCAGUGGAAUCCCAAGCUACGGGAUGGAAGAUCAAUACAUCUCCUUCGACUGUUGAGGAUAAGGAGCUUCUGAAAAAGCCAUUAAUAACGCCGCUUGUAAGGGCUAUCGACCUUCGCUUCGAUACCGGUGUUGUUGUAACGGCGCGGAACAACAAGCAUGGGGUUACUAUUAAAGAUGCUUUGGACGCAAUAUAUAAGCAAAAUAAGAAACGGGCCGACGAUGAACUCGUCGAACCAUACUUAAAAGGAUUUGAAUGGGCACCUAAUCAUCCUCAACUAAAAGACAACCCCGCGAAGCGUAAAGAAGAAUGGGAGCGGUUGCAUAUCCACCUUUCUUCCACACCAGGAGUAUCAAGUUCUGGUGGCAGCAAGAAAAAGAAGAACAAGCACGCUGAAUGAUAGCUCGCCCACGCAUCUCUGCUUGGUAUCCGAUUCAUCAACAGGAUCAUAAUGGAUUAUUUUGAUAGAUAGCUUGGAUCAUCUUGGAUAUUAUUGUCUAUUGUACAACCUUGUCAAAUGUAGAUCACAAAUCUGCCAUACUUCCAUUCAGAAUGGUAGCUCGAGUUUUAAGUUGAAGCUACUACUCGUCAAACUGUCUUAACACAUAUUACCCUUUAAUAAGUACUAUAUUGACAGCGAUAAUUCGCUUUUAUAUAGAUAGUGGUUAAGUCGUUCCUUGGUUUA